GCGUAAAUUUAGAAACUUGGACAGAGAUUUACUGCCUCAAAGAGAACUGCGUGAUUAAAGAGGAGUGAAAAUAAUCAGAAUGUCUUCUCCUUGCAGCUCCUUGUUUUUCUCACCGCUGUGAACUCCUUCCAGCUCCUCUGGGGGAAACGAUGACACCUGCCGCCUGUUCAGUAACAGCUACCUUAAUUGUGCUAUGGCACUGUUUCCAAUGGGGAGACCGGAGUUAAUUCCUGUUUGAGCACAGAAACAGUUUGGUUUGGGCCCGGCCAAGCGUGAAACCCUUUGAACCCGUUACGUUUUUAAUUGGCCCUGCCCCAUGGGGGACUGAAGUGUGUUAUUGAGUUUGUGGAUACUGAUUCCAUGCAGUCAGCCGGUAGCACAUGAUCGUAGGACACCAAAGUGCUCAGUUCUCCGAGUGGAGCUGCUUGUGCAAUCAACUGAUAUUUUUCUCCUUUAAUCGCUGGCAACAUUUUUUUUUUUUAAUUUCAUGUCUCCAGAGAAUGUGAUUGUGCUUCAACUUUAGGCUCACUGCUCAAAAUUGUGCCGUUUUUUCAUCAGGAAUGGAAAACCUCACGCCAGAACAAUGGCGCGAGAUUAUGAACAAGAAGAUGCGCUUCCCUCCGGAGCUCAUCUCUGCCAUUCAGGAGGGGAAAGCAGAUCUGCUGUGUGGACUGCUGAAGACCGGGGACGGCAUCAUCCGCCAGCUGGAUGAGUCUGAGGACCGGCAGUGGAGGGAAGCACUCAACCUGUCUAUCCGCCUGGGCAGCGAGGACUGCAUGGACGCCCUCCUGCAGGGGGUCAAGUUUGACUUCCGGCAGAUCCACGAGGCCCUGCUUGUUGCCGUGGACACCAACCAGCCCCGGGUGGUGAAGCGUCUGCUGGACCGCCUGGACCAGGAGAAAGGAAACAAGAUGGACGUGCGCUCCUUCUCCCAGGCCAUCUUUGACCACUCCAUUGACAACUCCCAGUUUGCCCCCGGCGUCACUCCUCUGACGUUAGCCUGCCAGAAGGACCUGUAUGAAAUAGUCACCAUGCUCACCCAGAAAGGUCACGUCAUCCCGUGGCCUCAUAAGAUAUCCUGUGCCUGCCUGGAGUGUCGCAACGGACGGCAGUACGACCUGCUCAAGUUCUCCUUGUCUCGCAUCAACACCUACCGUGGCAUCGCCAGCCGCGCCUACCUGUCCGUCACCUCGGAGGAUGCCAUGCUCCAGGCUUUCAGUCUCAGCAGAGAGCUCCGCAUGCUGUCGCAGAAAGAGCCAGAGUUCAAGCCUCAGUACCUGGGCCUGGAGCAGCUGUGUCAGGAUUUUGCCGUCGAGCUGCUGGGCAUGUGUCGCAACCAGGCGGAGGUGACCACCAUCCUGAACAGCUGUGGAGAAGAGAGCCAGGAAUCCUUUGAGGAGCAGGCCUUCGAGAAGGGAAUACCCAACCUGUCACGUCUGCGGCUCGCUGUCAACUACAACCAGAAGCAGUUCGUGGCCCAUCCGAUCUGCCAGCAGGUGCUGUCGUCUAUCUGGUGUGGACACCUGGCAGGCUGGAGAGGCAGCCGCACGGCCUGGAAGCUGUUGGUCUCUGUGGGGAUCUUCCUCACCAUGCCUUUUCUCUGCAUGGUCUACUGGCUCGCACCCAGAUCGAAGGUAGGAAAGAUACUAAAGAUCCCUGUGAUCAAGUUCCUCCUCCACUCGGCCUCCUAUCUCUGGUUUCUGAUCACGUUGCUCGGAGAAUCCAUAACGAUGGAGCUGUAUCGAGACAAAUUUGCUUCCCGGCAGCAGAACAUCCUGCACAGCUCCUUCCACAUGGUGUGGGUGGUCGGAUUCUUCUGGUACGAGUGCAAGGAAGUGUGGAUCGAAGGGUUGCGGAGCUACUUCCUGGACUGGUGGAACUGCUUGGACGUGAUGGUGCUCAGCAUGUACCUGGCGUCCUUUGCCUUGCGUGUGCUCAUCAUGCUCAAAGGCAUCUUCCUCUGCAAAGACCACAGCGGCGCAGAGGAGUGCGUCUACUUCACUCAGACUGUGCGUAAGGACUGGCAUCAGGAGGACCCCCAGCUGAUUGCAGAGGUGCUGUUCGCAGUGACCAGCAUGCUGAGCUUCACACGUCUGGCGUACAUCCUGCCAGCCCACGAGUCUCUGGGAACUCUGCAGAUCUCCAUAGGGAAGAUGAUUGACGACAUGAUGAGAUUCAUGUUCAUACUGAUGAUCAUUGGGACGGCCUUCCUCUGCGGCAUCAACAACGUCUACGUUCCCUAUGUCAUCUCUCCACAUCUUGGCAGGUUUAAUGAGACGUUCCACUUCUUAUUCUGGACCAUGUUCGGUGUGGCCAACCAGGACUACGUGGACAUGCCGCAGUACGUGUUGGCAGAGUUCGUGGGGAGGAUCCUCUACGGCAUCUUCACGCUUGUCAUCGUCAUCGUCCUGCUCAACAUGCUCAUUGCUAUGAUCACCAACUCCUUCCAGAAAAUCGAGGAUGACGCAGAUGUCGAGUGGAAGUUUGCAAGGUCGAAGCUGUACCUCAGUUACUUCAGAGAGGGCCUCACCAUGCCUGUGCCCUUUAAUAUCAUCCCCUCACCCAAAGCUGUGUUUUACAUCAUAAGGGGAAUCUUUCGACGACUCUGCUGCUGCUUCAACUGUAAUCCUGAGGAUAAAUAUCCUCCAAUAACCUCUAUGAACAACGGCGAUGGAUCCGAAGAAAUACCUUACCGGCAGCAGGUGAUCAGAGCGCUGGUGCAGCGCUACAUUGAGUCGGCUCGCAGGGAGUUUGAGGAGAGCAAGAGGAAAGAUAUCGGCAAUCGGAUCACUGAGCUGAGCAAAGCGGUCGUCAGGAUUCACAGUGAUAUGAAGGUGGUCCAGCAGCUUCUGACGGACGAUGGACAGAAUGUAAGCGAUGCGCUGACCAAGGACGGCGCCUCUGUCCUGGGAAAAUACAUCAUAGGCGCCAAGAACAAUUUCAGAGGCUUUACCACCAGACAGGAAGACAAAAGCACACCGCUUUCAGUGGCUGUGCACCACAGAGAGGAAGGAGCGGAUAAAGAAAAGGUCGACUCAGAUGUAAAACAGGAAUCAGACGCACAGCAGAGUCAGGAAGGUGGAUGUGGAGCAGACGAAUCAAAGCAGGUAACAGACUGUGAUGUGGUGAAAAUGGAGGAAGGCAGAGCUACGGCUGAGCUGGGAGAUGAUAAGGAAGCGGAGAAAAAGGAGCAGGGGGAAGCAGAGAGAAAUGAAAACACUGACAGUAAAGUGAAAGAGGAGGUGGUGGCGGGGACAAGUUUUGAUAAUGUAGGAGAAAAGGUGAAAGCCGAGGACACACAGGUUGAGGCAGAAAAACAAGGGGAGGGAGGGAUUCUCACGGGGGGAAAGGUGGGCGAGAAACACACAGAGACGACUCCCAAGCAAGCUGAAAGCGUCAAAGCGAACAAUGAGAAGGCAGACGCAAAGAGCCUAGCGAUCAAGUUCAAAGACGCAGAGCUGCAGGAAAAGAAAGUGGAAGCAAAGUGGAUGAAGGGCAAGAAGGUUGAGCCUAAUGUAGAGGAGAAGUGUGGCGUCAGGGAGGGCAGUGACAAGCCUGGAGCCAAGAAAACCAUCCCCUCCCCGACGGGCAGCAGCAUCUCCCAGGACACAGGCUUCGGUUCUCAGGAAGGAGAGGGCUCCAUAGAUGGGGUGCUAGUGAGACCGUAGCCUUGGUGCCUUUUCCCCAUGUCAAGGACCAAACUGACAUUUUCAGGUAUUGGCCCUUUAAGCCACCUCAAUCAAUAUCUCACAGUCAGCCACUUUUAGGGCCCUUGAUGAGCCCUCUUGUCUGGGGGUCCAUGACGCAUACCCAUUAAACUGCAAAUUGUAAUUUUUUUUAUUUUUCUUGACCAAUUAAGAACAAACAAGAAUUAACAUGCGGAUCAUACUGCUGUUCUUGCAAAGACCGGCGCUACUCUGCUUCUGAUUGGCUUACCCUGAUAUUCUUGCACCCAAACCGAUCUCGCUCCUCGUGCCUUAACCUAAGCCAGAGCCCUUGAGUGGAGAAAGUCGGGACAAUGGAAGUUUAAAAUACAAACGCUUCCAAGAAUUUCUGAAUGGGUAAUGUAGGGGCAUGAAUACAUGAAUACAGAGACAAAAGUAUGAUGUUUGGCGGUCUGUAGUUAAAAAAAAUGUGGUUUACACAGAGAUGACACAACUCAAGGGCUCUGACCUGAUCAACCUAACCAACACAGCCAACCAAUCACAGGCAGAGGAGGGCUGAUGUUUGCAAGGAAAGCAGUCGGACUCAUCAAUGCAUCUCUCACUGUUUCCAGUUGGGCUAUGCUAAGCUAUGCAACCGCUAGCUAUAGCUUCAUAUUUGCUGUGCAGACAUUAGAGUGGUAACUUUCCACCCAAAAAGAAAAAGGUUGUACAGUUCCUUUAAUCUCAGUCACUUGAUUCUGACAGAAACUUUUCAUGUAGCGUAAUCAGUCAGCAUGCAAAACCCUGUUGCUCUCUCUGGCUUUAUUCCACUCACGUUCACGUUGUUUUACUGGUCAGUUCAUUGGGGCAAAUGUGGCGCGCACUAGUUGCACUGCUGCUUUGUGCCAGGCGUCGCUCUACUCACUGUCAUUCUCUAAAGUCUCUGUCGGUCAUUCUGUUUUCUCUCAAUAGCCUCGUGUUCACUGAAACGAAUAAAACAUUUGUAAAUAGA